GAUCAGUCGGUCCUGACACGAGCCUCCCUCAACGGGAGCACAGCUCCCGGCAGGGGAUAAGAGAGCCAAGGCUAUCGGCCUUGCAAUAUAGCUUUUCAUAGCCCCGUCCGGGCUUGCAUAUUCCCAAUUAGUCUCAAUCUAUAUUCACCUUCUUUUCUUCUUCUCCCUUUUGGCUGCCAGCGCUGUGCACUCGCCGUCGAUAACCUUCUUUAAUAUCGACUCUUCUAUUCUACGCCAAGCAGGUCCGGCUACCUUGCAUUUCCAUUCACUUCACGACUGUUGAUUUUCGGGACGGUAUUACCUUCUCUCGCUCGCUAGUCGACAUUCGUUUGCACCUGGUGUGUGUUUUGUUUGGAUUCUUUAGGAGGGCUGAGCGCUUGGAUCGUUUGGGGUUUCAGGAAGAAGGGAAAAGAAAGAACUAGGACGAGAAAGAGCUUUGGAAUCUCGAAGAGCAAAGAAAAGGACCGAUUUUUAUUAUUGAGGAAUUCUGAGAAGGAAUUGUCAAAAUGGGAAAACUCAUCAAGAACCACUGGGCCAGACUCAUCGUGCUCACAGCCGCAGGUUAUCAAGUUGCUGCCGCGCUCUCAGCAUUCUUCUGGCCUAAGAUAUUCUUCGACUUCAUGACGAAAGCAUUAGACCCGGCCGUUAAGCCGGUUCCAGCGCUGCAAAUCAUAAACCUAAUUUUGGGGAUAGUGAUAUUCGCUUGGGAAUGGCCGUUAAAUCUGAUCGCCGGGACCGCGCUCCAUAGGAGCAUGGAGGCUCGUCUCGCUACAUAUCCGCUUGCUGCACUCGCCGCGAUUCUUAUCUACCAGGGCACCAACGCUGCUAUUUAUUAUCUAGUGGCAAUGAUGGCCUACUUUUGGGCAUACAGUGAAGGCGAGAUUGUAUGUGCCAAACCAUGGACUCUACCACAGCGAGGCCGCUCCGGGGGAUCCAAGGCGUAGUAGAGGUAGAACAGCGACUAUCUAGCCCUCGGCCAAGCAAAAUGCACCCGGGGUCGCGUGUACACGGCAAACCUAUC